AUGUCAGAAGAAGAAUUCAGUGAUGAAGAAGUAUUUGAUGAGAUGUCGAAUAAUGGAAUUUUAGAAGAUAGUAUGGAUGAAUCAGAAGUAGAGUUUGAUGACAACGAUGCAUUUUCAGUAUGUAUAGAUGAAAAAAACCGACGGAAGACGUAUGAAGUAGAGUUUUGUGUUCAAUCAAUACAAGAUAUUCGUCAUGAUCAAAACAAUCAUGUUAAACACAUUUCGGGGAUGUUUGGGAUAUCAGAAGAGCAAUCAGCUACACUUCUUCGUCAUUUUAGGUGGAAUAAAGAGAAACUAAUCGAACGAUACAUGGAUAACCCAGAAGCAGUUUUACAAACAGUUGGAAUUACAACAGAUGUAUCAGCAGUACCUGAGUUAAGAACAAUUCCAGGCUUUGUAUGUGAAAUAUGCUGUGAAGAUGAGCGAAACCUUCAGACAUAUGCAUUACAGUGUGGUCAUCGUUAUUGCAAACGUUGUUAUGAGCAUUAUCUUACACAAAAAAUCAAGGAAGGAGAAUCAUGCAAAAUUUAUUGUCCUGGAGAAAAAUGUAAACUUGUUGUGACAGAACAAGCGGUCAAGCUUCUUGUUUCUCCAGAAAUAUCUCGAAGAUACAUUGCUUUUCUCGAUCGUACAUAUGUCAAUGAUAAUGAACAUCUUCGAUAUUGCCCAGCACCUAACUGUGAAUACACGAUUAAAUGUAAAGUAGAACAACGACAAUUAACAUCAAUUGUUCCUACAGUCGUUUGUCUUUGUGGUCAAAGAUUUUGUUUUGGAUGUGGACUUUCGGAUCAUCAACCUUGCAUAUGUGUAUUAGUAAGAAUGUGGCUAAAGAAAUGUGAAGAUGAUUCAGAAACUGCAAACUGGAUUUCUGCAAAUACAAAAAAAUGUCCGAAAUGUAACGCUACUAUCGAGAAAAAUGGUGGAUGCAAUCAUAUGAUUUGCAAAAAGUGCAAAUAUGAAUUCUGUUGGGUAUGUACAGGUCCAUGGAGUGAACAUGGUACGAGUUGGUAUAAUUGUAAUCGAUAUGACGAAAAAAGUAAAAUUGAUUUUCGAGAUCAGCAAGCACAAUCUCGUGCACUACUGGAACGUUAUUUGCAUUAUUAUAAUAGAUUUUCGAACCAUGAACAAUCUGCAAAAUUAGAUAGAGAACUUUAUCUUAGAACAGAAAAAAAAAUGGCCCAAUUACAAAUUACAUCUGAUAUGUCAUGGAUUGAAGUUCAAUUUCUUCGUAGAGCCAUUGACAUUCUUUGUCAAUGUAGACAAACUUUAAAAUGGACAUAUGCUUUUUCAUUCUAUCUUGCGAAAAACAAUGCAACAGAAAUAUUUGAAGAUAAUCAAAGGGAUUUAGAAAUGGCUGUAGAAAGUCUUAGUGGCCUUUGCGAAAAACCCAUCAACAUUGAUCAUAUAUCUCAAUUAAAACAAGCCGUCUUAGACAAAACAGUAUAUGUUAGUAAUCGUCGAGAAAUUCUUUUAGAAGACACAGCAAGAGGGUUUUUGGAAGAUAGGUGGUCAUUUAAUGUUCCGUUAAAAUAA